AUGCUGAAGGAAGUCACAUCGAUAUCAGAGACACACAUGUGCACUUGUUUUGCAGGCUCAAGCUACACCGGGCAAUGGAACAAGAGCAAGCGGGAAGGAGACGGCAUUCAGGUUUGGAAGGAUGGAGAGCGGUACUCGGGUGGCUGGGUCGCCGACCUCUUUCACGGAAAGGGGAGGUUUGAGCACCAGAACGGGGAUUUCUACGAGGGCGAUUUUGUGGCAGGCGCAGCCCAUGGCAAAGGCACGUACCAGCAAGUGGGGGGCGCCAUCUACACUGGCGAGUGGCAGCAGGAUCAGAAGCAUGGCUUUGGGGAGGAGGUCUGGCCAGAUGGGACCAGGUAUGCUGGGAACUACGAGAUGGGCGAGAAGUCUGGCCACGGCGAGCUGACAUGGGCGGAUGGGUCCUCCUACCGUGGUGGCUUCCUGAGGAAGCAAAUCCAUGGAGAAGGCGAGUAUGUUUGGGCGGACGGACGACGCUUUAACGGAGAGUGGGUGGCAAACCAGAUGCAUGGUACAGGCACGUUCACUUGGCCGGACGGCCGCUCCUAUGAGGGCGAGUAUUGCUAUGACAAGAAGCAUGGAGAAGGAACCUUCCAAUGGUCCGACGGUCGGAGGUACAUAGGCCAGUGGAAAGAUGGCCAGCAGAACGGCCGGGGAGUGUUCCGGAAGGCCGACGGUUCAGAGGAGGACGGCGUCUGGGCGGAUGGCAAACUAACAAGAAAGUCGACCAACCUCUGA